CUUGUAAUUUGUAUCCACGGCAAUAUUAAUUAACGAUAACUCAACGCCACAUCUUUGUCGACCCAAGCAAGAAUCCACGAAAACCAGUGUGCAACUCGACCUCAUCAUGGACGUUCAAUCCGACGCCAAUUACAACGCCGUGCACGACGCCAAGACGCCGAAAGUGCAGGCACCGACGGCGUCCAACAACAGCCACCGCCAAGAAGAGGAACGCCCCGACUACAAGAUCGUGUGUUGCGGCAACAACUGGCUCGACUUGAUCCUCGUGCCAUUCACUGCCAUCGCCCUGUACGGCGCCAUGAUCGGGCUCUCGCUCUUGGUCCUGUGGGCGGUGUUCUUGACGUCCUCGAGCGGGGCUGCCCACUGGAUGUUCUUCUUUGCGUGGUUGACCGGUGUCAUCGCAGUUGUGAUCUCGGUCCAAGUCGCCCAGUACGAAUCGUACCUCAAGGCUGAACAUGCCAAGAAGGAUGUGGCUGAAGGCACGAAUGCAUAGAUGCAUCUGCCUUUCCUCGCAUUCCCUCUAAAGUUAAACAUCUUCUUGUGUUCCGGUCGAUUGUUCGCGGGCACCCCACACACAGUCGGGCUGUUCAUGUCCUUGACUAAUCCUUGGACGAGCGGCAGGUCCCUCGCACAUGGAUAUCAGUCGUGUCCAACGACGCACGCAUCCACUCGUCCAUAGAGCACUCGACAUAGAUGAUCCAUGGGCCAUCGCAUGCGCUCGCCGCGGCCUGCCCGUGGUUGUGCAUGUUUGUCCUUCCAGGGCUGCAUCUCAUCCAUGCUGC